AUGACUCUUCCUCCCCUGAUCUGCCUUAUUCCUCCUGCCCCAUUCUCUUCUCCCUGUUUCCAUGUCUCUCUCCUCCUCUUUACUUCCUCGCUACCUCCUUCCCCUUACAACUCUCCCAUCCCAUCCCCCUCUUCUCUCUUCUCGCCCUUCACUCCUCACCCUCAUCGCCCCACAGGAGGAGCUCUUGGUCUCGGCAACACUGGCCCAGUAGCGGAGUUCAACAUCCAGUGUGAUCCAGAGGCAGCCUCCAUUGUGUUCAACAGCGGCUGCCCGCUCACAAUGGUACCCCUAGAGGUCACGCACACCGCCCUGCUCUACCCGUCAGUUGCUGCUCGCAUCUCCUCUUGUCCUCCUCACUGCCCCAUCUGCGCCCCCUCCUCCACUCAUGCCGCUCCCCCUCCUUCUUUAGCAACCAUAUAUAACUUUGCUGCUGAUGCCACCCAAAGCACUGAUGGUUCUGCUACGGCUGUAGCCGCUACAACUGCUGACGCCAGCCUCACAGCUCCCAAUGCCAGUGCUGGCAGCUGCCUGGGCUGCUAUCGGGGGAAAAAACUCCGGCAAACAGUCUCUGCGUUGAUGCAUUUCUUCGCCCGCACAUACCUUGAAGUGUUUGGUUUCCAGCACCCACCCCUACAUGACCCCUGCGCUCUCGCCUUCGUCAUUGCCCCGUCUCUCUUCAAGACGGAGCACCUCCGAGUCGACAUUGAGACCAAGAGUGAGGUGAGCCACUCCUUACUACUCUUCACCGCUCCUCACCGCUCCUCACCGCUCCUCACUGCUUCUCGCCCCAUUUCACCGUUCCAAGCCCCUUGCUUUUGUGACCUUCCUGAUCGCCUCAACAUGCAAAGAAAAGCACAUCUGCACAUCACAUCAGUUGUCAGCAGGCCAGAGACAGUGUGUGACGUGUGA